CAGGCUGGAAGUCUGGUUGGAUCAGGGUGGACAAUAGUCACCAUCCACUUGUUCCCAAGGAAAAAUGAAUAGUCACCUCCCUUGAACACAUAAGCACCUCUCUGUUUCUAUAUUUUUUUUUGCCCCCUGUUUGCAUUAUGGGAUUGUAAAGGUAAAGACUGAUAAGAUACAGUGAUGUGUCAUAUCAGGACUAGCAGAGCUUUUAUCAGCCGUUUGCAUUAAAACCCUUUGGCUAUUUUUUUUUUAAAUUACUUUGUGCAAAUAAACUGAAGGCACUUUGUACACAAGAAGUACAAACAAAAUGACAGUGCUCCUGAAGUUGGGGCCCCCCUCCUGGCUUUUGUUCUAAAUCUAAAUCUUAACCUUAUCCUAAUUUCCUAAAUCAAACAAACCAUGAGAUAAAAGGAGCACUAUAAGCACAAGUCCAGCUGCCACAGGAGGAGGCAGGAUGCCAGCCUUGGUCACUGGUGGAGUGAUGAAAACUGCCUGGGGGUAGGAAUACAGGGUGAGCACUGCCUUCGUGAUGUCAUUGCUGAGGUAUACAAACUGCUGGUGCUUAGGUAGCAGUGUCAAAGUUCAGAUGAGAUGAUUCUCUCCAAAAAGCACUGAAUGGAGAGGAAAUAGAGCUGUAGAGUCACAGGGGAGACUUGAGAUGCAAGGCCACCUCCAUCUAGAUAACAGCAUGGCCUAGGAAAUGGCAUAAGAAACAAGCUGGGUAUAGGUGUAACAGAUUUGGGAUCCUUGAAAUCUGUGUGUUAAUGAAAAAACUAUCAAGCCAAACUGUCCUAAUUUCAGGUAUUACUAUUCUAGUUAAGGUAGUUUGAGGCAUUGCCUACUGUGGACAGAUAGUCCUCAAAACAGCGCAGAAAUAGCUGCAUACUGAGAGCACUGAUCUUUAUGUAUUUUUAUGGCAUUUCACUAUGAUCCAUAAAACAGUUACAUCAGGGCAUGGGUUCUUUGUUGCCUCUUCCCUUGUCCCUUGGCCAGGGGCUGUGGCUCUGCAGAGAAGCAUCUCCAGCAUGUCUGGUGCCAUGCACACUGCAAGGCUGCUAAUGUAUACCCAGCCAUAUGAGCUUCCCUAAAUUGUGGCUAUUGUACAGAGAAAUUAUUUUCUCUGAAUAACAAUCUAUUCUGGAGUUCAAGCUGUUUACAUUUCUAGAAAGAGGUAUUGGCAGUCUGUGAAGGAUGACCGUGCUCCUGAGCUCUACCUUAAGAGAAGCCACUUACAGCUCAGGUUACUCUAAGCAGCUGGAGUCAGUAGCAGCUCCUGUGUACACUGGCCUGCAGCCAAUCCAUUAUUUUCACACAGAUCCCUAAACAGCACGGGAAAGUACCGUCCUUCAGUGGCAGCUCAAACAGGGUGCUUGCAGUGAUGACAGAGCCUCUCCCCGGUGGUUUCUCCAGAGUCAUGUGAGGCAAUUGUAAGAUUCCGUGUUUUUGUUGAAUGUUCAGGAGUCACAAUACUCAGGUACGGUUUGGGAUGGGAAAGCAACAAGCUACAGCUCUUGUUUAUGAAGCAGCAUUAAUGCAUUCUGGACAGCACAGAUUCGGUGGAAAAUACAGACCCUAUUUCAGGUUGCUUUUAAGCUCGCUCUGUUUUAGAUGAAAGUUCAGAUGUGUAAUAAAUGGGCUGAAAGUGAUGAUAGGGAAUACAUGGUAUAGGAAGCUGAAGAAACCUAUUUCCAUGAAUACUCAAUAUUGCUCACAUGUCCUUGCCAAUACUACAAUCUAGAUUUCAGAAAGCAGUAAUCUGCAAAGCCUGAUGUUACUGUGUCAGCCAACCAGUUAAUAUUGAUGUAGUGCUUUUAUAUCACCACAGCUAGUGACCCAGCUCCUGUGAGCACACCAUACUGAAAUGAAUCUGGCUGGGUCAGCCCAUCUCCACCAGCCCCCAGGCUGGGUUUAUUAAACUAGAACACAGUAGACACACAGUUUCUGUAGGUAACAUUGAGAGUUACCUACAUUUGACUUUCCUCAUUUCACAACCCACACUCCAACCCCUAAAGCUACACGUCCUUCACCCACAGAACCAUUACCUCACAGACUUUUAUUUCCUUUUCUUUUAGGCAGAAUCUAUUAAGCUACUUAAAAAAAAAUAAAAAAAAUAUUUCCCAAACACACUGUUACACUCUUAUCUCCGGUUAUAGUACCAGGAAGGUGUGCUGGGGCCAAAUCAGGCACGAUGGAAUUUGCCAUGGGGAAACCCAGCACUGAUGACAGUGGAACCCGCCCGCGUGUGAAUUCCCGUGGCUCCUGCCACCCCUUUAUAAGCAGGUGGAGGUGAGGCAGGGCUGGCAGAACAGGCAGGCAGCAGCAGAGCACUCACUGGAGCACAGCUGUGAGUGUGGACUGGGAAUGGCUGGCUUUAGCAGCAAGAGCAUGGUCCUGGUCUCCCUGAUGGGGCUCCUGGCGCUGCUCCUGUGUGGCACCUCCAAAGCACACAGCAAUCAUGAUUGCUGCCUGUCUUACACCAAAGUGCGUCUGCCUCGGUGGGCCCUGAAGGGCUACACUGAACAGCUCGCCAGUGAAGUCUGUGAUAUCCCUGCAAUCAUUUUCCACACCAACAGUGGGCUGAAGGCCUGUGUAAAUCCUAAAGAAGGCUGGGUGAAGAAGCAUCUUCUUUUCCUCAGCCAUAAGCUCAAGAGGAUGUCAGCCUGAUAUGGUUUCCAGCAAGGAAAUAAACAUAGACAUGGCUGAAGAAUCACCAGGUUCAACCUCUUGGUUGAGAUUGUCUUGUACACUGUUGUGUGCUCACUCACCUCCAACUCAGGCUUCUUUGGAACUGUUGAACUUCUCUAGUUGAUUCAUAUUGCAUCUCUGGUUUGCUUGAAUUAAGCAUUUUGUUACAGUUUCUAUUUUUACUAAUAUGUGUACUGAUAUGGCAUGAUAUUAUUUAGUAAAGACUACCUUAAGCUGUUGUACAGAGUAUUAAGUUUAUUGCAUGUUGUUUUUGUUUUGUUCCACAUGUGUAAAGUGGCUUAUUUAUUCUAUUUAUUUUAUUACUGUCUCGUGCCAAAAUGUUUCCUUUUAGCUGUAGUUAGCAUUAUAAUACUUCUUGAGCUAUUGCUAAAGAAAAUCUGCCUGUGGAAAAAAAAUGGAAAUUGGAGUUUAAAAAAAAAUAAAUGUUAAAAUCGGCA